GUGGGAGUGCCUGUAGUUAUUCUUCGAUGUUUGGAGCAUAUGGAGUCAAAAGAUUUGGGCAGGCCUGUUGCCUUCCUUGCUAAAAUGAUAAACUAUCGCCCUCUUGCAGUUCAACUUGUGAGUAAAGGCCUGUUGGAUCCUAAUCGGUGGAGAAGGUUGCUUGAUUAUUCAAGCCCGAAAGAAGUCACACUAGAUGCUCUUAUGAUUAUUUCAGAUUUAGCUCGAAUGGACAAGGGAUUCUAUGAAUUCAUCAACAGGGCUUCUAUUUUGGAGCAUUUGAAGGAAUUUCUUGUCCAUGAAGAUCCCAACAUACGUGCAAAAGCCUGUAAUGCUCUAGGCAACAUGUGUCGAUAUAGCUCCUACUUUUAUAGUACACUGGCAAGAUGUCAAAUCAUUGGCCUUCUAAUCGACCGAUGUUCUGAUCCAGAUAAACGCACACGAAAAUUUGCAUGCUUCGCU